AUGUCACGACUAUUUCUCUUCGCAAUUCUCUUUUAUCUUUCCCGUUCGCAGGAUAAUCCGUUCGAUUUAGAAUUCUCGCCAUUCGUCUAUAAAUUGUAUCGUUUGCCAUUCAAAACGGACAGCUAUGCUCAAGAUUGGUAUGGACAAGAUGUGGCUUUGAUUCAGAGUCCUUUACUAGCACCGAUAAAGCAAAGCAAGCCGGGAAGACCCUUGCCAUUGCCCACGAUUCGACCAUUCACCGUCAACUGGCGCCACCUCGAAGACACUCAUGUGAACGAUGAGAACAAUUGGAAUUUCGAGAAACGCAUCGACAGUAAAGUCUGGUGGCCGACAAAG